ACUGCUCAAAUGAAAUAACAACUGUCACAGAGCUGUAAUUUCUUAAAGUUUUGGGUGUGAAACCACAAGGCUCUAAAAUGCUUGGGUGUUACCUUUACAGAAAUGGCGCGUACAGCACUGUUCUCAGCUUCUCUCUACAACUCCAAAAAGAUUAAAUAACAUACAUAAAGCAAAUCUAUUUAGCCCAAUGGAUUCUGAAGUCUUGAAAGUGGUUGGGUGACAUGAAUGUUGUAAUGUAAAAUGUCUCCACGGAGUGCUUGGAACACAGAGACUGACUGUUUUCAAAUGAUUUGCUAGUUCUUUUUUAUCUAUGUAAGAUAAGAACGAACAGAUCCAGAGAUGCCAAUCACAGUCAGUGUGGAGGUCAACAGACGGCGAUUUAAUGCAUUAAAUACAAACAGAUAAAAAAGGAAUCAAGACUGAUAUCAGCUCUGGAUUAGCAUGAUCCUGCAUUGAGACAAUGUCAUGAUUCCUUUGCAUUAAAUGCUAACAAACAAUAUGGGAUACAGUAAUGUUGUCUUUGAGAAAACAAUGGUUAAAAGAAAAUGUUAAAGUGUGUAAAGCUGUUUGGACGGAUAUUUUUUGCAAGCAUCCAUGUAUUUGUGCGUGAUGUGAACAUGUAACCAUUUCACCCUGGUGUUUCUGAGUCAGACCUUUUUGUUCCCGUUUUCUCUGUUCAUAACUUUGGUGUUAUUUAACUGAAGCUUCUGUCCUGCUCUACUGUUGAAGCAAGGCUGUUAUGAAAAACCUCAACUGGACUCUUUCUGCAGCACAAAUGGCUCCAGUUCUUCUGCUGCUGUCUCUUCCUCUUGCCCUCUGCUGUCAAACGGCCCCCAGCACCGCAUGCGAGAAUCUGCCUUUCGUACCCGGGCAUAAUUUGGUAGGAGAGGGCUUCGAUAUCGUGCGAAUGAAGACCACCGGAGCCUUCGUGGUGGACGUGCUGAACUACAUGACUGGAGGGGACCACGGAAACUGCACUUUGUGUGACAACACACUGCUCAAUAAGAAGCAGAAGUUGCCGGCGUCUGUAGUCGACUGGCGCAUCAAGGUUCAAUGUCGCCGUAGUCUCAGCGCCAAGGUGCACGAAUCCGCCAGUUCGGUGCUUAAAGAUACCGCCACUUCUACCAGCGUCAGCUGGAAGGUUGGCUUGAGCGUGCCGAUGGUGGCGGGCGUGGCUGUGGGUGGCACUCAUUCAAGUGCCGCCAGGUUUGCCAAGAGCCACGCGUCUCAGGACAAGUUCUCCUUCACGAGCCACACCUUCUCCUGUCGCUAUUACUCAUUCCGUCUCCACGCUCAACCUCAGUUGACCAAAGAGUUCAAGGGUUCUCUCAACACCCUUCCUGCUCAAUUCAACAGUAAGUCCGAGGCGGCCUACAACCACUUCAUCUCCAUCUACGGAACGCACUUUCUGCGACAAGUCGACCUGGGUGGUCGCGUAAAAUCGACCACCGCCGUGAGGACCUGCAAGGUCGCGAUGACGGGACUUUCGGUGCAAGAUGUGAGCAACUGCUUAUCGGCAGAGGCGUCCGGAGUCAUAAAGGGUGUGAAGGUGAGCGCACAGACGAGCUACUGCAAAGCCAAACAGCAAAAACUAGAGAGGGGCAACAGCUUCAGCGCAUCUUUCUCUGACCGCGUCAGUGAAAUAAUGGGAGGCAACGGCGAGGCUCAGGAUAUCCUCUUUGCGCCAAGCAACAAAAGCGGGUAUGGUGCGUGGCUCAAGACGUUGAAGACAUUGCCGGGCGUGGUGUCCUAUACGCUGACCUCACUGCACAUGCUGGUUACACACGACCCGGUGAGAAAAGCCAGUUUACAGGCGGCCAUUAGUACAUACAUAACGAAAAGCGCUGUAUCCAUUUCUUGCCCUUCCAGUUGUAAGGUGGGCCGGCGUAACGGUAACUGUGCGUGUAAAUGCAGCGGCCAUCAACGUGUUGAUAGUAAUUGCUGUCCAAGCAAGCCAGGAGUGGCAACUUUGAGCGUGACCGUGGUGAGCGCCGCAGGACUGUGGGGAGACUGGUUCUCUAAAACCGAUGGUUAUGUGAAAAUAUUCUACGGAGGUGCGGCGGAUACGACCCCUGUGAUUUGGAACAACAACUUUCCUCAGUGGAACCAUAAGCAUACCUUUGGAACCGUGGAUCUGACGGAAAGAAAACCAGUGAACUUUGAGGUGUGGGACCGCGAUAACCGCUGGGAUGAUGAUCUGCUGGGAAAAGGUGCUAUUGUCCCAUCUCAAGGCACCAACGUGCAGACACGGAUGAAGCUAAAGCAUGGCACUCUUCUGGUCUCCAUUACUGCAAAUUGUGGUCCGAGUCUUGCAAGUUCAUACUGUGAAAAAUAUGCCCCUGCACCAGAUAGCGUCAGUACUCUCACCGAUUACAACCCCUUCAAACCAGUUUCAUUCCAAGAAUCUAAUGGUCUUCCUGAAAACACUUUUCUGUAAAAAAACAUAAUCGUUUGAUUGUAAAAUAAUCUAAAACUUGAUGUAGAACUUAAAGUGCCAAUUAAUGCUAACUAAUGUAUUUAAAUAGAACAAAUAUUUGACAACAAAGAUAAAAAUUUGACUACAUAACUUUAGAUUAUAAAUAAUUCUUGACAUCCCUUAAAUUACAUUGUCAGUAUAUCUCUAUAUAUUUUCAUUAUUUAGUUAGGAAAGUUACAUUAAGUUACAUUUGGUGGGGGAACAAAGACGUUUGACUGGGGUGGAGUUGGGUCAGCGUUUAUCUUUUUGACAGUGUUGGCAUCCACACACAAGGCGUCAACCCACUGCUGCAGUUUUCAAAGUGCAUGUUGACAAUUUUCCAAAUUAAUUCUGAAAAGUAAACGCAUAAGAGCGUAUAGAUGAGGAAUUACGUGAAUGAAAGUGUUAGGGAAAAAAUACAAAAAUAAUAAGGAAAAAUAUUCAAAUCUGAUGUGUGAUAAACUGUAUGUAUACUGUUCAUCAGAUAUAUAAUUUUGUUGGGUAUUUACCAUGAGGACAGAAGAUUAUUCUAUAAUUUUGAUUAAAUGUCUUUGUAGAUAUUUUAGAUUAAAAGCAAGGGAAUCCUUAAACAUCUAACCUUAAAAUAUAAAAUUUUACUUGUAUAGCUGAUGCAGUAAAUACCAACAAUCCCAAUAGAUUUUAGGAUGUGUAUGGCGUUAACAUAAAACAAUGUCCAAAUAUCACAGUAUUUUAUGCUUUUGUACAAUUUUGUGUCGUAUCAUGUAUUUAGUUUCAAUUAAAAUGAUAAUGUCUAGAAAAGGCUGAAUGUGGAAAUGUCAAAAUGGCUCCUGUUACAUUUUAAUUUCAUCAUUCACUGUAAUUGGUUAUAUGUAAACUGUAAGUGUAACAAUAUCUGAUAUAUAUUUUAAACAUUACACAGAUACUGUAUAUUUUCAAUGCAUCUAUAUUAAAUAAAUUUAAAAGACAAAUG